AUGUUUCUGAGCGUGUGCCUCCUGGUGACAUUUAUCUUGGGGCUGUCCGGGUGCCUGGGCUCGUACGUGCCGUGCGAGCCCUGCGACCAGAAGGCGCUGUCCAUGUGCCCUCCGGUGCCGGUCGGCUGCCAGCUGGUCAAGGAGCCCGGCUGCGGCUGCUGCCUAACGUGCGCCCUGUCCGAGGGGCAGGCGUGCGGCGUUUACACCGGGACGUGCACGCAGGGCCUCCGCUGCCUGCCGAGGAGCGGGGAGGAGAAGCCCCUGCACGCGCUCCUCCACGGCAGGGGAGUGUGCACCAACGAGAAAGGAUACAAACCUGCCCACCCGCCCGUAGAUCGUGAGUCUCGAGAGCAUGAAGACACCUUAACCACAGAGAUUACAGAGGAGCUGCAGCCAGCUAAAGUGCCACUCCUCCACAAAGACAAGUCACAAGACAUUAUGAAUACUAGAAAAGUCCAUGCCGUGCGCAAGGCGCAGAAGAGGAAGGAAGGCAAGCAGCGCUCCAUGGGAUCCCCCAUGGAUUACUCCCCGCUGCCCAUCGACAAGCAUGAGCCUGAGUUUGGUCCAUGCAGAAGAAAACUGGAUGGCAUCAUUCAGGGCAUGAAGGACACUUCUCGUGUAAUGGCUCUGUCUUUGUACCUUCCCAACUGUGACAGAAAAGGAUUUUUCAAGCGCAAACAGUGCAAACCGUCCCGUGGCCGCAAGCGAGGCAUCUGCUGGUGCGUGGACAAGUACGGCGUGCAGCUCCCGGGCACGGACUACAGCGGUGGGGACAUUCAAUGUAAGGACCUGGAGAGCAGCAACAACAACAACGAGUGAAGCCGGGGAGGGGCAGAAACACCAGCCUGGACUUUCCCCUAACCCCAGUUUCCCCCACUACGCCCGCCCCCUCCUCACCACCACGUGACCCAGGGCCCACGCCUCCUCUCCCAGUCACACCUGUAUGCUCCGCCCUCCGUUCACUUCAACAUUUGUUUUCUUUUUUUUUUUUUUUGCAAAGAAGAAGAAAAAAAACCCAAACAAGAGGCUGAAAAAAGACACUUGUAUUUUAUUAUUUUUUUCUUUUUCCGUUUGUUGACCAAGAACUCUUCUCCAAAUGAGGGGAAAAGUCUCAGAAGAUGUACCAGAUCCCCUGACUGUUGUCUGCCGGACCCCUUCAAUCCCCCCACCUUGUACGAGCUGGGUGAUCCAUGAAAAUAUAUGCACAACAAUGGAUAUAUUUUUAUAGAAGCUAUGGGGGUUUCGAUACAACACUUUGUAUGAUGUAAAAUUAACACAAUGCCGUUGUGACGACAAGAGAAAAAAAAAGAAGAAGAAGAAGAAGCAUCAGGCGCAUUGAUCGGAAACAAUUCAGUUUUAUGCCGUGGGAAGUGAGGUCGCUGUGGAACUGAUGAUUGGCAGAGUCGUUUGCGUUUAUCUGUUUUCCAAAAGAACUAAAAAAAAAAGAAAGAAAAAAAAAAGAAACGAGAUAGGAGUAUGCUGUAACAGUUGACUCUAUCUGGGUUUGUGGUUCUGUCAGAGCACUUAUGAAUAGGGGAACCUGCUUAGAUAUGUGUGACUUCACGAGUCGAUGCAUGCGUGGGUGCGUGCGUGUGUGUACAGUUCGAAUGCGUGGUACGUAUGAGCCUAUGUCGGCGUGUGACGGAGUGAGCCUAUUACAGAAAAAAAAAGAAUGUCCUUUUUUUUGUUGUCUUUUCUCUUUUGUUUUCACUUUGUCACAAGUAUUUGCUAGCGCUUGAGGCGGUCUUGGGGCUGGCCUUCUCUUUUUGUUGUAAAGUACGUCUUGGGACACAGAGCGUUCAGAAGCGAAAGAGCGAGCGGAUCGUCAAGGAUGAACCUAUUGUAAGUGGCUCUUCGACAAUGUAGCUAGCCUGAUAUGCCAACUGUGCCUAUUUGAACAGACACUGCCAUGCAGGGCGACACAGAGCUUAGAGAGCGCCGACUCCACUGGCCGAAUCAAGGUUUUUUUUUUUGUUUUGUUUUUUUUUUUUACAACUCCAGCGACGGGACUCAAGUUCGACUUUUUCCGGGUUGCAAAUCGAACUUGCCAGCCGGGUCGCUCCUCUGAUUUGUUUGUGUGAAGUGUAGUUUUGUAUGGUUUUGUUUGUGCUGUUUUCUUUGCCUUCAGUGAAGUACAGACCGCCCACUUUUGAGCCAUGUUCCUUUAUCAAGUGGUUUCCCCUCAGUACUGCUACUACAGUGUAACCAUGGUGUAUUACAUUACUUUUAAAUAUAGUUACUGAAUGUUUUUUUUUUUUUCCUGUAGAAACAAAAUAUGUCAAUAAUGUAAUUGUGCUUGGGGGGGGGGGGAGGAUUUUUCACCUGUAAAGAAUUUGAAUAAUUCCUUGAAGCCUGUAGGGAGGAUGACCCCGCCGUCGUUUGACUGCAGGGUGGUCAAAGAAGCUAACCCUCGGCAACCCUUUUGCUCACAUGCGUCCAUGCGGAGGUUACCUGUCUGCAUCCGAGCGGGGGCGUGAGGGAAAUCAAAAAGGUUACAGGUUAUGACAGGGUCUUAAAAUACGAGUCGUUCUCUCUCUGUGUGCAAGUCACAGUGCCUUCCUACAUGCAAAUACAAUAUAAAUGCUGACGUGAAAGUGACACGGAUAUCACAACAGGGCAGACGGCCCCCCCGCCGGGGCCGCUCACUUGAUAAAGAGGUCUGGGAUCAGUUCUGAAUGUGGCAGGUUUCUGUCAAUGGUGUCCGGAGCGUCACUUUCGUACACCUCUGCCUUUACCUCGGGGUAAUUCUGGACGAGAAUGACGUGUGAGGAGCCGCUGUGUUGCCGUACUCAGUUCAACCUCCUUCUUCUCUUUCUUUGACAACCAAUAAGCUAAGAUUCUCGCUUUUUUUUUUCAUGUGAAUGCCAAUGUAUAUGAUUGCCAGAGAGGGGAAGCCAAAGGAUGAUAGCGAGGUGAAUCAAGCAGUUUAUUUUUUGUUUGUUUGUUUGUUUAGUUUUUUUCCCGACAGUAAUGUUAAGUGCAUCCUUAAUGGCUUCCGGUUGUGAAUAUCUUAUCAAGGCUCCUUUGCCCAGAACUUCCAACACCAAAAUCCCCACUACCACUUUCGAAAAGAAAAAAAAAAAAAAAAAAAAAAAGAAUUAAAAAAAAAAAAAGCAGCUUGCACUUCUUCUUUUCAGUUACUCACUAUUGAUAUUGACACAACAACGACAUCCUGAGAUGUGGUAUCAUGAAGUUAGUGGAACAACAAAGCAAAGCUAAAUGUCGCGUCGUCUUGUGCUUACCUUUCCAAGGUGGUGCUUUUUUUUUUUUUUUGUUUUUGAGGUAGCAAAAAUUUGUCGACAGGGGCCGUCGAAGCCCACGCCCGGGACCUCCAAUACGGCAGCAGCAUCCUUGAGCGACUACGAUCGGUGG